GGGGUUUUUAGUGCGCCGGACGAAUUGUCCGCGGCGGCGCUACCUCCGUUGCUCUCAAUCAGCUUCUACUACUUGCGAGCUUGCUCUUGAUAAAUGCAUCGAUAAGGUUGAAUUGUUGCGGGUGAUUGGAGAGUAUUUGUUUUUUCUUCUCGAAUUUGACAUCUGAGCUCGAAUUGAUGGCUGCUUCUAAUUCCUCUAAGCUGUUUCGCGCUGGUCGUUCAAUACUUGGUGGCUUUAGCAACAGUUAUUUUGGGGCAAGCAGAUGGACUUCACCACUCAACCACAUGGAAUUCUUAUCUCAACAACAAAGGGCGUUCAUACAGAUGAGGACUAACCUGAAAGUGGUGGACAAUUCCGGGGCGAAAAGAGUAAUGUGCAUUCAAGCCUCUAAAGGAAGAAAAGGUGCUAGACUGGGGGAUACCAUAGUUGCAUCUGUUAAGGAAGCAAAAGUGGGCGGCAAAGUGAAGAAAGGAGACGUGCACUAUGCUGUUGUGGUUCGUGCUGCAAUGCAACGUGGCCGUUGUGAUGGGAGUGAAGUCAAGUUCGACGACAAUGCUGUGGUACUCAUCAACAAGCAGGGCGAGCCGAUUGGGACCCGAGUGUUUGGUCCCGUGCCUCAUGAAUUGAGGAAGAAGAAGCAUCUCAAGAUCCUCAGUCUUGCCGAGCACAUUGCCUAAAACAUUUUAAUUUGAAAAAGCUUGCCAUAGCCAUGCCAUGUCUCUGUUAAAUUCAAUGAGAUUUCUGGAUAAUUGCAACAAACAGAAUUAUUGAUCGCUUCUUCUUAUC